AUGACGUCCUCUGUCUCCAUGAUUUCUCUUCUUCUCUCUCUUUCUUUAGCCAUUUUCUCAGACGCUGCAUCCUUCCAAAAGCUUCCGUUGCCAGGAAAGAGGUCAGGCCCUGAAGCGUUCGCCUUUGAUUCCACAGGAAAAGGUUUCUACACCGGAGUCUCUGGCGGUAAAAUCUUACAAUAUCUACCGGGAAAGGGUUACGUCGAUUUUGGCUAUGUCACGGUAUCCUCGAAGUCGCAGUGGUGCGAUGGGGCACUUGGAACAGCUUAUAUGAGUAAAUGCGGCCGCCCGGCGGGAAUAGCGUUCAACAACAAAACAGGAGAUCUCUACGUGGCCGAUGCUCCGUUGGGUCUCCACGUCAUCCUUCCCGGCGGCGGUUUGGCCAGGAAGAUCGCCGACAGCGUUGACGGCAAGCCCUUCUUGUUCCUCGAUGGUCUCGACGUUGAUCCCACUACUGGCGUCGUCUAUUUCACUUCCUUCAGCUCAAAAUUUACCCCUGGCGACGUGUUGAAAGCAGUGGCAUCAAAAGACGCUACCGGAAAACUCUUCAAGUAUGACCCAUCAAAAGAUGCCGUGACUGUAUUGCUGGAAGGUCUAAGUGGCUCAGCCGGUUGUGCCGUUAGCUCAGACGGUUCGUUCGUACUGGUUAGUCAGUUCACAAAGAGUAACAUCAAGAGGUAUUGGGUCAAGGGACCUAAAGCUGGCACUUCGGAAGACUUCACUAAUGCGGUUUCGAAUCCUGACAACAUUAAGAGGAUCGGUUCUUCUAGAAACUUUUGGGUUGCUUCGGUCGUGAACACAGCCACCGGACCAACAAACCCGUCGGCGGUUAAAGUUGAUUCUAAUGGUAAAGUGCUUCAGACAAUUUCGGUGAAGGAUAAGUUUGGGGAUACUUUGGUCAGCGAGGUUAACGAAUUCAAAGGAAGGCUUUAUGUCGGUACUCUGUUUGGUCCUUUUGCCGGAAUUAUUAAAAAACAAAACUAA